GUCGGGGAGAAGAAGAGUGAGUGUGGGCUUAGGCCAUGUAAGAUGGAGAUCCAUUUGCCUAAUGUGCCAAUGCUGAAUAUCUUCUCCCAUCUGGAUGCCUUCAGCUUACUCCAAGCUGCCCAAGUGAACAAGACCUGGAAUGAGGUUGCAAGCAGUGACUUCCUCUGGAGGAAGCUGUGUCUGAAGAGAUGGUUUUUUCCACACAUGCCUCGAAAGUGCUGGCAUGAACAGACAUGGAAGCAGUUCUUCCUUUGCCAAACUAGGCAAGAGCACUCUAUGUCCCGGGCAAGGCCAGAAGACUUCGUCUACAAAGAAAUGUUCGGGGACUUUGGAGUUCAGGGAUAUAUGAGCUAUCUCUCAAAAAGUGGCUUAACAAUGAACCCAGAAGAAAAAUCGGUGGUCUGUGCGGUGACUUCCAAGACAAGGCUUACUGCCUGGGAUAUAGGAGAGGGUUCUAUGAUCUGGGUAAGCCCACAACAGCCUACCUUUAUCCUGAAACUGGCUACCCUCCCAGAGAUGCACCUUGUGAUCACUGUAGAUUUGGAUGCAACCAUCAAAGUGUGGAACUGUCGUGAUAUGGAUGCUCUGGCAACUAACAACAUGUUAUCUCCCUGCCGAUCACUGAAAGCUGUUGUUACCAGGGAUGGCCCAAUUAUCUUGGCCGGUGCCAUUUCUGGUGACCUCUACACAUACCGGCUUCCCGACUUACUGCUUAUUUCUACAGUCCAUGCAUUGGAAGUCCCCAUUAACCAGCUCUACUGCUCUCCUCACGUGAAGUGGGUCUUCCUGAAUAAGAAAGAGCCACAUGUCUUGCCAAAGGUGUUUUUCACUGACAGCUUACUGAGGCCAGCAGAGUACCCCACUCCUGUGUUAUGUGUUAUCUCUUUUACCUUAUGUGUCAGAGCCUUCUGGACCCCACGGAGGGAAGACCGGAUAACGCUGAUGUACCAGAGAGGCGCCUAUAGAACCGCGGGAUUUGUCACAUUUGACUUAGAAAUGGAAAGGACAGAGGACAAAAUAAUUGUUGAAGCACGUGUAAUAGCAAGCUUCAAGUUGUCACAUCACAUGGAGAGCCCAGAAUGGAUGGGAGUCAGUGAUAAGAAUGUGAUUGUGUGUUCAAGUGGGUCAUCUCUAUUAGUCUACAGCAUGGCCGGGCUCCAGCUGCAGAGAUUUCAGGACUACCCAGGAGAGAUCAUGAAAUUACUGGUGAAUCCUGUGUACGUCAUCGUCACAUUUAUUGAUGGCUGUUUGGAGGUGUACAAGUGGGAGGAGAGAAGUCAUUACCUCACGAAGUGUUACCGCCUGCAAAACGUUAGACAUCUGGGGAAACAAAGCGUGGUUCCCAAAACCCUGUGUGAUAACGGGAGCAUAGCUCGAGUGGUGACAAAGAGUGCACACUGCUGCUUCCUGGUGGCAUAUGUUUUGAAACUCUGCUCCUGAAAACGAAUGGAAUGGGCUGUGUCCUCUCUUCCUCACUAUAAUAAAUCUCUAUUUGCAAGGCUA